ACAAAAAACCAAACAACAAUAAAACAAGACACAAGUUGAACAGAAUCAGUCGAGUGAACACCAUGGCACCCAGAGGAACCGUUGACGCAAUACAACAAAACAUGGGUCCUGUGGAAACAAUGAGGGACGAAACGUUGGUGUAUAAGUCUGAGAUUGAAUCCCACGAAGCUCACAGCUCUCAUUGGUGGGAUCUGAAGGGCAGCAUGCGGCCCCUUCACGCUAUGAACAAGUUGAGACUUCCUUUGAUCAAAGACGGACUUUUGGCUACAGGACGAAUCAGUGAAAGUCAAGCCGCAAAAAAGACAUUUUUAGAAGGACUUAGAAUACUUGAUGUUGGUUGUGGAGGAGGAAUAUUAUGCGAGGCGCUAGCUCAGGCUGGAGGCUACGUGACGGGUGUUGACCCAAGUGGCGAGCUAAUCGCAGUUGCACGACAACAUGCGACCAGUCUCAAUGUGCGACCACCCACCUACGUUUGCGACACCAUAGAACACCACUCAGCGCAGUACCCUGACCACUAUGACGUAGUUAUAGCGUCCGAGGUGGUCGAGCACGUCCCCAACCCCGAGUCCUUCAUGACUGGCUGCGUUGCUGCUUUGAAGCCAGGUGGAUCACUGUUCACAACAACACCGAAUCGCACAGUCCUUUCAUGGUUUGGUGCAAUCUUCAUCUGCGAGAAUGUCCUGAAAAUUGUUCCCUCAGGAUUUCAUUCUUGGAAACAGUUUAUACACCAUCCCGAGCUCAUGACUAUGAUCAGAAACAAGGGCUGCAAUGUUUGUAAGGUCCGAGGGAUGUUUUAUGACCCCAUCCGUAACAAAUGGAGCUGGUGUUUUACUCCGACACUCAUGUAUGCUAUUCAUUCCGUCAAAGCACACUGAUGAUCUCCUGUUUGUAUUGCACUGAGGUCCACUGACUUACAUUAACUAGUGGAACAGUAAGCUUUCAUGUGAUAACUAAGUACAAUUAUUGACUUUUGGGUACUGAAAUAGACAACCCAUCUAUGGACCAGCUAAAUAAUUGGAAGUCCCAAUUUUUUCCAAACAGAUUACAGCCACUCACAGGUUCAGGUCAAACUUUCUUCAAUCUCAGUUUGAACUUUAAUGUUUGUGUAUGAGUAUGUAAAUAUUAGUAAUA